AUGCGCAUCUGUCUCAGUCCGUUUAUAUCUAUCUAUCUAUCUAUCUAUCUAUCUAUCUAUCUAUCUAAAUCUGUUCAUAUCUAUCUAUCUAUAUAUAUAUCUAUCUAUCUAUCUAUCUAUCUCAGUCUGUUUAUAUCUAUCACAGUUUGUUCACAUCUAUCUAUCGAUCGAUCUUUAUACGCAUCUAUUCCAGUUUGUUCAUCUAUCUAUCUACUUAUCUAUCGAUCUUUAUACACAUCUAUCUAUCUAUCUAUCUAUCUAUCUCAAUCUGUUCACAUCUAUCUAUCUAUCUAUCUAUCUAUCUCAGUUCUUUCAUUCUUUUCAUCUUUCUUUUAUUCCAUUUUCAUUCGGUGUUCCUACUUCCUUCCUUCCUUCCUAUUUUUCAUUCUGUUCCUUGUUUCCUGUUUCCAUUUUUUCUAUCUGUCAUUCUUUCUUCAUACCUGUCUGUCUGUCUGUCUGUCUGACUGA